CGGCGGCCGUUGGGCGCGGGGCCGCGCUCCCCACCCCGCGCCCAGGGAACGGCGGGCGCUCGGCGGGAGCGGCGGGCCCGGCCGCCGCCGCGGAGCGGAGCGCAGCGGAGAGCGGCCAUGUUAACCAGAAAGCCCUCAGCUAGCGCCGCCGCUGGUGCUGCCUACCCACCCGGCAGGGCAGGGGACAGCGGCCGCCCGCUGCAGUCUUCCCCGGGCACCGGAGCCGGGGUCUCCCGGGCAGGAGCUGGGACCGGCCCGCCGUCGCCCCUCGCAUUGCCUCCGCUCAGGGCCAGCAACGCCUCCCACACGGUUGGAGGCAGUAAGCACACAAUGAAUGAGCACCUCCAUGUUGGUAGCCAUGGACAAAUCCAGGUUCAGCAGCUGUUUGAAGAUAAUAGUAACAAGAGGACGGUUCUGACAACACAGCCAAAUGGACUUACAACGCUAGGCAAAUCUGGAUUGCCAGUGGUUCAAGACAGACAGUCAGAGAGUGCUCACAGACGACAAGGGAGCACCAGCUCUUUAAAAUCUACAGAUGGAACAGGGAAGGUGAAAGCCUCUGUUAUGACACCAGAGCAGGCAAUGAAGCAAUACAUGCAAAAAUUAACAGCUUUUGAGCAUCAUGAGAUUUUUAGCUACCCUGAAAUAUACUUUUUGGGUCCAAAUGCAAAGAAGCGGCAAGGUGUGAUUGGUGGUUCAAACAACUGUGGGUAUGACGAUGACCAAGGGUCUUACAUACAAGUACCCCAUGAUCAUAUUGCAUACAGGUAUGAAGUCCUGAAAGUUAUAGGAAAAGGAAGCUUUGGGCAGGUGGUGAAGGCCUACGAUCACAAGAUGCAUCAACAUGUGGCACUAAAAAUGGUGAGAAACGAAAAACGUUUCCACCGCCAAGCUGCGGAAGAAAUUAAGAUCCUGGAGCACCUCCGGAAACAAGAUAAGGAUAACAACAUGAAUGUUAUUCACAUGUUGGAAAACUUCACAUUCCGCAGCCAUAUCUGCAUGACAUUUGAAUUGCUGAGCAUGAACCUGUAUGAAUUAAUUAAGAAAAACAAGUUUCAGGGCUUUAGCCUGCCUUUGGUCCGCAAGUUUGCUCACUCAAUUUUACAGUGCUUGGAUGCUUUGCACAAAAACAGAAUCAUUCACUGUGACCUUAAACCUGAGAACAUUCUGUUGAAGCAACAGGGUAGAAGUGGUAUUAAAGUGAUUGAUUUUGGCUCCAGUUGUUAUGAGCAUCAGCGUGUCUACACCUACAUUCAGUCGCGUUUUUACCGUGCACCUGAAGUCAUCCUCGGUGCUCGUUAUGGGAUGCCCAUAGAUAUGUGGAGCUUGGGCUGUAUUCUAGCAGAGCUCCUCACCGGUUAUCCACUUCUACCUGGAGAAGAUGAAGGAGACCAGCUGGCUUGUAUGAUUGAGCUAUUGGGCAUGCCUUCUCCAAAACUCUUAGAUUCAUCCAAGCGAGCCAAAAACUUUGUGAGCUCUAAGGGUUAUCCCCGCUACUGCAGCAUCACAACCUUGUCUGAUGGCUCUGUUAUACUUAAUGGUGGACGCUCUCGGAGGGGAAAGCUACGUGGCCCUCCAGAGAGCAGAGAAUGGGGUAAUGCAUUAAAGGGAUGUGAUGAUCCCCUGUUCCUUGACUUCUUAAAACAGUGUUUAGAAUGGGAUCCUGCUAUCCGUAUGACACCCAGCCAGGCUUUGCGGCAUCCCUGGCUAAGGAGACGGUUACCAAAGCCUCCGACUGGGGAAAAGGCCUCGGCAAAGAGAAUUACAGAGAGCACUGGUGCUAUAACGUCGAUUUCCAAGUUACCUCCAACUUCAAGCUCAGCUUCAAAACUGAGGACUAAUUUGGCGCAGAUGACAGAUGCCAAUGGAAAUAUUCAGCAAAGGACAGUGUUGCCAAAACUCGUUAGCUGAGUUUGAAUAACCCAAUGCUGUUAAUAAAAGAGAUACAAUGUGGCUGAGCCUUAUUUGUAUGAAAAAGUAGCUCAGAUAUACAUUUUUAUUUGCUCAAUAACUUUAUUCAUUUUUAUCUUUUAGCACUCAUUUUAAAUGUAAGAAAUGUUGAUUUUGUUUUUAUAAAAACACGGGGACAAUGCUUUAAGUUUUUAUACUUAUUUUUUAAAAUGUUUGUCUUCUACAGUACAAUUAGCCUUACUGUAACUAGUGUGACACAGUAAUAAACAUCAGUGGCAGGCCACUGGUUACAACAUGACUGUCAUGCAUUGCAGCGUGGUGUCAAAGGUAUUGACCUUUCUCUUCCAAGGUUCAUAUUAGGUUUCACCUGGGGUAAACUUGUAAGACUCUGCCUUUUGGAUUUUGUGGGUAUGGGUCUUGAUUCUGUGAACACUCACACCUAUGCCUGACUGGAUUCCAGGGAGAAUACUCAAAAGAAAUACGGUUCAGCACCUGUAAACUUGUAAUUUGAAGUGGAGCCAUAGCAUGUUAGUGUCAUUUUCUGUAUGGUAGCCCAGAGAAGGUAGUGGUAUUACUAACAAUACAACCACCUCCUAUGGAAAGCUUUCGGUAUUCAAAAGUAAUGGGUUGUGAUUAAAAUGGACAUUUAAGCAUAAUGCAAAAAAUAGGAACUUACAGUACUAAAAUGACUCUCUUAACCUUGCGUGCUGUGUAGUAGAGUGAGAGGAAUGGACAGUCUCAGGAGGAGUGAAUACAGAACUAUGUUUGUUCCUCUGAAUCUGAAAGUGAGUGAUGAUCUGAACUUCGUUUCAGGUAUAUAACACUGAGCAUUCACACUGGGCUUCUUUUUUCCCCCUCCCCUCUCCUGUUUUCUCUCCCAAUGUGCAGCUUUGUCUCCCUAAAUCACAUAGGCAGAAGUGCUCAUUCUCUGUUUUAUACUGUAACUUCCAGACUGUUGUGCUACAUGGAUUUCACAGAUUGCUUUUAUUUUUUCUGGCAAUGUUUGUCUGAGCAACUGUGACCUCUCUGGUACAUAUACAAUUCAGAUCAAAUUUGCGUGCAGGGGCAAACACUAUAUUACUGCAUUGCUUUCUGUAGAAAUGUACUUCACCUUAGACAGCAUAAUGGAUGGAAAGAUCUUCAAUGGAAAGCUUUUCAGUUGGCAGACAGCAUCCUAGAUACUUUCUAAUAAGGGAGAAUUAUGAAUGGGAAGGUAAAUGGUUGGAAUUUGAUUUAAUCUUUGGCAUUUGUAGCUGAAAAUUAACUUUGAAGGAACAAUUAGAGAUGUGCAGGUUUGUUCACAUGUGUGUGCUAAUGUUGUGUUUUCCUUUUUUAAAUGCAUUCGUGGAAGAAAGAUGGGCUUUACUGAGGAAUAAUAUUCACGUUGUAGCAUGUUUUCAACAGGAACAGUUUGAGAUCUAAGAUCAGUAUUUCAUCACGUACAAUGGCUGUGGUCUAGAUUGGAUGUAUAAAACAUGAAAAGGGAAUUUUAAAUGAAGUAGAACAUAAUCUAGAAGAGUUUGUGGAUGUUCAAACAAGACAUACUCGAACAGAUAGCAUUAAACCUCAAUGACUUUAAGCAACAUUUAUAUGCACAGAUUUUGCUGAGUUACUUGUACAAAUUAUAAAAAAUACUUAAAGCAUGGUCCCCUAAGAGGCCAAGAAAGUUUCCGGUUAAGUUCUCCUUCAUAUUCCUUAAUUUACCACUUACAGCUUAAUUUGGUUGGUUGGUUGGCUUGUUUACCUUUAAUUUAAUGUAAGACUGGGGGAGGGAUAUAAAUAAAUACAAAACAAUAGAAUUCUCAGGAAACAUAUCACUUAACUUCUUGCCAAAAAGUCAACACCUAAAGAAGCUCCAAAAAUAAUUUCUGAGUAGAGGAUGGUAUUUGUUGAUUGAUAACUGUAAAAAUUAGAGCAUCAAUCAACCAGUUUUCUUUUUUUAAAAAAAAAGUUAAUUUCCUGCCUCUAGUCAAAUUAAAUUAUUUAGUGUUAAAUGUUCACAACUUUAUACAGUGUGUGUAAGUGCAAUAUGUAAACAUGUAUGAAAUCAUGUUAAAAAUGAAUAAUACAACUAAGAAAAGUGGCUUUUGGAAUAUGAAUAUCCAGUACGUUGUGGUCAGUAAAUUCUAAGUCUGGAAAAUAGAUGUAUUAAUUUUAACUGACUCUCCUGACUGUGGGAAUACAAUAAUGUGUAUUUUUCUACAGUAACUGAGAAUCUUUGCUUCCUCCACCACCUACUUGGCUUUACCACUCCUUUCUACCUUAACUCUUCCUCCAAAAGUUAAGAAAUAAGAUGCUUAUGUUAGGGGCGGAAGAAGAAUCACGUCCCUUAAUUUAUUUUAAAGGGGACGUUGAUAUGUAUUCCUGCCUUUUGUGGCAGUUUAAGGUGAAAACAUUCAUAAUGUUCAUGGGUCAUUAAUGGGCUAAAACCACUAAAUUUUCUUUUUCAUGUAACCAGUUCUUAAUGCCAAUAAUGCAUUUACGAUCCAUCUUCGUAAAUGCUACCGGAAACUUCGAGGCCAAAAUAUUGUGUGCAGAGCUAUUUUUUUAACCCAGAUACAGUGGAACUUCCUCUAUACUAAAGGAGCAGCCGCAUCAAGGUUUUGAAGUGAUGUAGCUGCUUUUUAUUGUAGCUUAUUUAUACCUGUAUAAAAGGAGGGAGGGGGGGAAAGGACGUUGCCUCUUGCUUUGAUGUGAUUUUAUUCUAAGGGCUCUGAUAAUUAGGCUGAUAGAAAUUGGCUUGGAAACAGUGCUUAGUCUCACAUGUUACCAUUGUCUGGGGAUGUCUGAGCUAUUUUCAGAUUUAGUAAUAGCACAGUGUUGUCUUUGGUUGCAGUCUCACUUGGCUCAGUUUCUUGCACCGCUGGAGUGUUCAUUACCGAUUAAGUGUAUUGGAACAACAGAGUGAUGCAAGAUGUGUAGAUUAACAAUAGAGGAUGGAUUGUGCCCUUGGUGUUAACAAUGUGCCUUUUGUUACAAAUGCGUGUUGUAGGGCAUGCAUCUUGGCCUCUUUAACCCUUGGAAUACUGGAUAGUAGGAAUGAAAUCUAUUUUUAAAUGCUAUACCUGUCUUAAAAUAUCCUGUAGAUGAUCGAGGCCUUAAUAGAAACAAUAAGGCAAUCACACUGCUGGGGUAGAGAGGACGCUCUGUUCUUGUUGUACGUCUCAUUAAGGGGUUAAAGAUGGCCCUUCAUUGGUUGUACUUUUAACAUCAAAUUGAUUUUUUUUAAAAUAAAUUUUUGUUAAUGGUGACACUAGACAGAAAUCAACUAUUUGUAAAAAUUUACCUCAAACUCUUUAGUUUUAUAGUGUGAUUUAAUCCCAGGGCAUUUGGUAUGAACCAAAGUGCAUUCCUUUUAUAUGUGCCUGGCUCUUAUAAAGGCGGCCAGGGAUUUUUACAAUUUGGGUGCAAGGCACUUAAGCCACUUUUAACUUGGUGGGUGGUUUGAAGUUACAAAUGACUUCAUGGAAAUGUUGAAAACACUUUAAACAUAAGUAGCAUCGGGCAAUAUUAGAAUCUUUAGGAAAGGGUGUGCAUUAUUUAAUGCUCUCCCUCCAUUUUUUAGUAUUUUUUUUUCCCAUCAAUAAGUGAUGAUAAGUGCAAAAAGAACUUUUUUCCAGUCAGCAAAGAUUAGAAUAUUGCCCAGUUUAAUGCUAUGGUAGCAUUUGAAUAGAAUAACAUUUGUGAAUUAUUGUUUCUAGGGGCUUGUACAUCUCUGCUACAAAUUGUAAUUACUCAGUUCGACUGCUACAAUUACAUCUAAGCAGUAGCUUGGGUUUUUAUUGGGCAACGACUUAGACACGUGACUGUAAUAUGCUGCAACUGUGUGUACUGAAAACGUGAAAAACGAUUGAAUGUGGACUGUGUAUAUAUUUAUGUAUAAUUUUCUGUGAGAUGCUGCUGUUGCCACUUAACAUUAAAGAUGUUGUAGUGGGUUUUAAUCCUAGUGGCCAGUUUUAUGAUACUGUAUGUAUUGUACAGCUGAUGACAGGAGUUAAGACUGUUCUAGUGAAUAUUUGUUACAUUUUAUUGUUGUGGCCAGAGAUCAUUUCAGAAUAAAAUUUUAUGUCCUACUUUA